AUGGGGCACGGCUUGCUUGCUUUGGCGCCGUGGUUCCCGUCCCUUGGAACCUCUCAGUGCAUCUGCAAGGGGAAUGAUGACCUGGAAACGGGAAACAAAAUCCCCAUUGUUGAGUGUGAAAGGCUUUAUGAGCUAACCUGGUCCUCGGCGCAAUCAGGGGGCAGUAAAUGGCCGCCCGGCCACCGAGGCCCCGCGCGGAAGCCGACGCCGGCCAAGAGCGCCGCGGCGACCUCUGGAGAUGCUGCCUGGGCCUGGGAAGAAGGUGGCCAGGCUUUCCAGGUUUUAAUUAAUGAGAAGGCGUGUUUUGGACUCGCGGGUCCCCGAGAGCAGCUGGCUGAGUGCGGCGGGGGGAACCGGGCGGGCCGGGGCGACCCCGGCGGCGAGGGCCGCGGGGAGGCGGAGCGGGCCAGGGCUCCCUCUCGGGUCGCAGCCCGCAGGGGGUCGCGCCUCGACCGCAGGCCGGUCGGCCCCGGACUCCGGCUCGCGGUGGGAUUGGAUCUUGGGCUUUGUCUCCAGUUCUCCAGCCGCGUGAGCACGGGCUCAGGCCGGUGCGGCCAGGCCUGCGGAACCCCCGAGAAUGCCGGCCGGGCCCGGGGGCUGGAGGGUCCACAGGCAGAGCAGGCUCCGUUCCCUUUCCAGCCGGUUGGGCCCCGAGAAGGGCAUGGGCCCAACCAGGCAGGCUCUGGGCUCAUUGGAUUAACUUUGGGGAAAGAGAGGAGCCCGCCGGGUCCUGCAGGCCGGAGAGGACGGGCGGAGAACGCCUCCCCGGGCUCGGCCCCGCGGCCUUUCCCGGGACUUAGGACCUGCGUCCCCACCCCCUCCAGGGACCGAGGCCCGGGAGCUGCGAGACCGGCGGCGCGCGCCGACGCGGGCGGAACCGCAGGGUAGCAGCGCCCCCUGCAGGUGCCGGGCGCCUCCGCAGCCUCCGCGCAGACCCUGCUCUUAAGGUGGAACCCGCCUAGUCCCCCACCCUCGCGUGCAGCUCUCGCGGUCCCCACCUCCCCCGCGAGCGGGCCUGGCAGUCCAGAACGGUUGGAGUGUGCCGAUCGCUGCUAUUUCCUUGAUCCCUUGGCUCCACCACCUGCAGGACCUCGCCCGCGGAUGCCCCGCUAUGGAUCUCGACAGUCAGAAUUGACAAUUCCCUGCGGGUAUAAGAGGAUGCGUAAAAUCCGCGUCAGUCAGGGCGGAAAGACUAGAAAGACGUUUCUUUAA